AUGGGGAAACGAGCCGCAACAAAUUCUUCCAGUAGUGUUCCUGCAAAACGACGGAAGCUUGCUCCACAGCAGAAGAAGAAGAGCAAGAAAGACAAGGAAAAACCUUCCGAACGCACCACGAUCCCCAUCCCCGCCGCUGCCGACAGCGAUGUUGACCUUUCUGACCAAGACCUGGAAUUCCUCGACGAGUAUGGCGGCGCAACAUCAUUCUUGACGACCCUAGACAAGUCGGGAAUAGCAAGGAGUAAAAAAGAGACUGAACGGCUACAUCGACUACACAAACCGGUCAGAACGGCUCCGAGUGCGGAUGAUCUCCCCUCAAUAGACUCACAUGAUGAAGAAGGGGAGGACGAAUGGAGCUCAGAUUUACCAUCCGAAGAUGAAGGGACAGGCAUAGACUCGAACGAACAAGACUCCGACAUGGAGAUGCCAUACGAGGCAAUUCCAAGACGAAAACCAUCAUGGGAAGAGCCCAAAAAGCAAGAAAUACACCGGCUCCCUAUCAAGCUAGCAGAUGGACGAAUCCAAAAAACUGGUGUCAAGUUAAAGCAACCUGCUGAAAGCGAGGAAACGAGUGACGAUGAAGACUCAGUUGUUGGGGAACCGGUAGAAGACGGCCCGAGGGAGGACGUUGCAACAGGAGCCCGUUUUGGGAGGCCUGCUGUUGUGGAUGUCAUCGCAAACAAGUCGCGAGCUACUCGAAUACAAGCCGCCAAAGAUCAAAUUGCUAGUAUUUGUCAAGAUAUAAUGGCCGAUCCAGAGAGUAGUUUGGGACUUCUGCGACGGCUACAUACGUUUUCCCUAGCGGAAAUAACUACCCCUACGCACCCAGAACCAGUUCCUAAUGACAUCGUCGUGCGCAAACUGGCAAUGCUGUCUCAACUUGCCGUUUUCAAGGAUAUCAUUCCUGGAUACCGCGUCCGGGAGCUCACAGAGAAGGAGAAGGCCGAAAAAGUCAGCCAGAUAGUUGCGCGAACGCGAGACUGGGAGCAAGGUUUGGUCCACGUAUACCAGACUUACCUCCGAGCGUUGGAGGCAGAAAUCAAAGCGCAAAGCGAGCUUGCAGAUAUCGCCCUUUCUAGCAUGUGCACUCUACUAACAGAGCUGACCCACUUCAAUUUUCGCGGCAAUAUCAUGAGCUGCAUUGUAGCUCGGCUCAGUAAGAAAUCGUGGGGCAAGUCGUCUGAACUAUGCUUGGACUCACUUGUCAAAGUCUUCCGGAACGACCUCACUGGCACCGCAUCGCUUGAGAUUGUGCGCCUAUUGAACCGGAUGAUCAAAGAAAAGCGUUUCAACGUGAACCCCAAUGUCUUGUCAUGUUUGCUACACCUCCGUCUCAAAACUGAGCUCGGCGUCCGUGCUUCCGAAUCGCAUGUUGACAAGGAGGAGCCCGCCAAACGGCAUUCGGCUAGCAAAGAUGCCGCUCGCCGGGCCAAGGGAAAACCUACUGCCCAACCCCACCUGAGCAAAAAAGCUCGUAAAGCACUCAAGGAUAAAAAAGAAAUUGAUCGGGAGUUUCGGGAGGCGGAGGCUGAAGUGGACAAGGAAGAACGGGCCGUAACGCAUACGGAAACACUGAAAUUGACAUUUGUGUUGUACUUCAGCAUCAUCAAGAAUCCUGCUCCGACGCCGCUCCUCCCCGCAGCUCUACAGGGCAUCUCAAAAUACGCGCAUCUUGUCAACAUCGACUUUUUCAAGGACUUGCUUAAAGUUCUGAAAGAGCUGAUAGUCCGAGAAGAGGAUGACGACGACGAUAACGAGAAGCAAAAGCAAGCCGUCCAGCAUCGUCUUCAGUGUAUUGUGACAGCAUUUGAACUGUUGUCAGGCCAAGGCGAGGCGCUCAAUAUCGAUCUAACCGACUUCAUCACGCAUCUUUACGCACUGAUAAUGCCGCUCAGCCUGUCGGAUAUCGACUCGGGACCGGCAGAUAUGUUAUUUCGGGCGCUAGAACUAGCAUUUUCUCCGAAAACCACAGGCGGAUCACCUGCCUGGCGAGGUGCCGCUUUCGCCAAACGUUUGCUCACAUCGGCAUUACAUUGGUCACCGGCAGCUGCUCUCCGCGUGAUCCAAUUCGUGCGCGGGCUCCUUGCGCGAGACUCCCGGCUUCUCUCGCUGUUGUCCACUGAAGAGCAAUCGCUGGAUGGGACCUACCGACCAGAUGUGGACGACCCACAGUUAUGUAACGCGCUGAGCACGUGCCUUUGGGAGCUCGUGACUUUGAGUGACCAGCACUGGGACGCCCACGUACGUGAAGCAGCCAAAAAAUUACUAGAGUUGUAA